GGUCCGGCUGCCUCCGGGAGUCCGCGCCGGCCACUCGACCCUCCACGUGCACGUUCCUCGUUUCCCUGCAGCCUGCGGGGCUUGGGCGCUGAGGAGAAUGGGUCCUCCGUUGGAUGUGUGGGGCCUGUCCCCAUCCUUAUUUUCAUGGUGGACAAACCGGUUUUACAUUUAUUCAGGGCUUGCUUUUGCCCUCAGCCUUUGGAUUUGUCUCCAGAUUAUCUUUAAGAAGCAGGCCAAGAACUCACAGGAGAAUUCUACUCCAAAAGCAACUGAGGAUUUGCUAACAAACGGCUAUAUCACCCUCCAGAAGAAGCAGAUCUUUGUAUCUGGGGUGAAGAUUUUUUAUGGCUCCCAGACUGGUACAGCCAAGGUCACUAGUAAAAGUGUGUGUGCUUUUCUGGUUGCCACAUAUACUGAUGGCCGACCAACUGAUAGUGCAGAGUGGUUUUGCAAAUGGCUAGAGGAGGCAGCCAGCGAUUUUCGAUUUGGCAAAACCUACCUGAAAGGCAUGAGAUAUGCAGUGUUUGGCCUGGGGAAUUCUGCCUAUUCAAACCACUUCAACAAGGUACGUUGGCAAAACGUUGACAAGUGGCUUGGUGUCGGUGCUCACCGUGUGCUCACUCGAGGCGAGGGUGAUGGUGAUGUGGUCAAAAGCAAGCACGGCAGCAUUGAGGCUGACUUCCGAGUUGGGAGACCAAGUUCUCUCCAGGAGGAAGAGCCCUGCGGGAGCACCAGUGAGGAGGAGCUUGGUGGUGACAACUCCGAGAGGCCCAGUUCUGUUGUUGAUGUUGAAGAUCUUGGCAAGAUUAUGAAUCACAUGAAGAAAGAAAAGAGAGAAGAGGAGCACUUGGAAGAGGAGACAAGUCUGUUUAGGGGCACAUGGAAGAAUGAAGAUGGUGAAGGAAGAGCGAUGAUAACGCCGGCUCUCCGAGAGGCCCUCACUAAACAAGGUUAUCAGCUAAUUGGGAGCCACUCUGGGGUGAAGCUUUGCAGGUGGACCAAGUCAAUGCUUCGAGGGAGAGGAGGCUGCUAUAAGCACACGUUCUAUGGCAUCGAGAGCCAUCGCUGCAUGGAAACCACCCCAAGCUUGGCCUGUGCCAACAAGUGUGUCUUCUGCUGGCGGCACCACACCAAUCCCGUGGGCACGGAAUGGCGGUGGAAGAUGGACCAGCCUGAAAUGAUCUUAAAGGAAGCCAUCAAACACCAUCAGAACAUGAUCAGACAGUUUAAAGGAGUGCCCGGUGUCAGAGCGGAGCGCCUUGAGGAAGGAAUGGAGGUGAAGCACUGUGCAUUGUCCCUGGUAGGAGAACCAAUCAUGUACCCGGAGAUCAACAGGUUCUUGAAGCUGCUCCAUCAGUGUAAAAUCUCCAGUUUUCUAGUCACAAACGCCCAGUUCCCCAUGGAAAUCAG